AUGGCGCGCAAAGAUUACGCAGCGGAGAAAGAUAAAUGCAAGAGAUUCCUGCAGGAGUUUUACUCUGAGGAUGACAAUGGAAAGAAAGUGUUCAAAUACGGCGUGCAACUUGUGGCCCUGGCCCACAGAGAGCAGGUGUCUCUCUUUGUGGACCUGGACGAUGUGGCUGAGGAGGACCCUGAGCUGGUGGAGAGUAUUUGUGAGAAUGCCAAGCGCUACACGAGCCUCUUUGCGGACGCCGUGCACGAGUUGCUCCCAGAGUACAAAGAAAGAGACAUUGUGGCAAAAGACUCUCUGGAUGUGUAUAUUGAGCACCGACUGAUGAUGGAGCAGAGAUCACGUGACCCUGCGGACACGCGUGAUGCCCGAAACCAGUACCCGGCGGAGCUCAUGAGGAGAUUUGAGCUCUACUUCAAGCCGCCCAGCACGACAAAGCCAAAAACCGUACGCGAAGUGCGGGCCGACAGCAUCGGACAACUCGUAAGCGUCCGGGGCAUCGUGACCCGUGCAACAGAGGUUAAGCCCAUGAUGGGGGUGGCCACGUAUACAUGUGACCAGUGCGGCGCGGAGACCUAUCAACCGAUCCAAUCGUCGUCCUUCAUGCCCCUCGUCAUGUGUCCCAGCCAAGAGUGCGUCACCAACAAAUCUGGAGGCCGCCUCUACCUGCAGACCAGAGGCUCCAAAUUUGUGAAAUUUCAGGAGCUUCGAAUUCAGGAGCAUAGUGACCAAGUCCCUGUUGGCAACAUCCCCAGAAGCAUGUCUGUUUAUGCACGUGGUGAAAACACACGAUUAGCCCAACCAGGCGACCACGUCGCUAUUACAGGAAUAUUCCUGCCGCUUCUUCGCACCGGCUUCAGACAGGUUACACAGGGUCUCCUGUCUGAGACGUUCAUGGAAGCUCACUCCAUCACAAUCAUGAACAAGACGGAGGAUGAUGAACUUGGGAACGAGGAGCUCACUGAAGAAGAGCUGCGCAGCAUUACCGAAGAAGGAUACUACGAGAAACUGUCUGGAUCGAUCGCACCUGAGAUUUAUGGCCACGAGGAUGUGAAGAAGGCUCUGCUCCUGCUGAUGGUGGGAGGUGUUCAACAAGCCCCGAAAGGCAUGAAGAUCAGAGGUAACAUCAACAUCUGCUUAAUGGGAGAUCCUGGCGUGGCCAAGUCUCAGCUCUUGAGCUACAUCGACCGUCUGGCUCCUCGCAGCCAGUACACGACAGGCCGAGGCUCAUCGGGUGUGGGCUUGACAGCGGCUGUAAUGCGUGACCCGCUAACUGGUGAGAUGACCCUGGAAGGUGGUGCCCUGGUUCUUGCCGACAUGGGUGUGUGCUGCAUUGAUGAGUUUGACAAGAUGGCAGAUGCUGACCGCACGGCCAUCCACGAGGUGAUGGAGCAACAGACCAUUUCCAUUGCCAAAGCCGGCAUCAUGACCUCCCUUAACGCCCGCUGCUCCAUCCUGGCUGCCGCAAACCCGGCAUACGGCCGCUACAACCCCAAGAAGAGCAUCGAGCAGAACAUUCAGCUGCCGGCCGCGCUGCUCUCACGUUUUGACCUGCUUUGGCUCAUCCAGGACAAGCCCGACGCAGAUGCCGACCUGCGUCUGGCCCAGCACAUCACCUAUGUCCACCAGCACUGUCGCCAGCCGCCCGCGCACUUCACCCCCAUUGACAUGAAGCUCAUGAGGCGUUACAUUGCCGCUUGUAAGAAGAAGCAGCCGGUGGUACCGGUGUCGCUGGCAGACUACAUAACCGCCGCAUAUGUGGAGAUGAGGAAGGAGGCACGAGUGAGCAAGGACACCACCUUCACCUCGGCCCGCACCCUCCUCUCCAUACUACGCCUCGCUACAGCGCUGGCACGCCUCCGCCUAAUGGAUGUGGUUGAGAAGGAGGACGUCAACGAGGCCAUGAGGCUGAUGGAGAUGUCCAAGGAUUCGCUUCAAACGGACAAGUCUAACAACACAAGGACUCAGCGCCCGGCCGAUGUCAUCUUCUCCCUGGUGCGAGAGCUGGCCACAGAGGGCGCAGCGGGCCGAGGAGGCGCCGGCGGAGUGGUGCGCAUGUCAGAGGCAGAGCAGCGCUGCGUCUCGCGGGGCUUCACCCCCGCCAUGUUCCAGGAGGCUCUGGAAGAAUACGAGGAGCUCAAUGUGUGGCAGAUCAACCAGGCUCGCACCCGCAUCACCUUUGUCUGA